AUGGCAGCCAAGGCAUAUAGCUCCUUUGAAGGGAGCCUUCUGCCUUCAUCAGUAGAUGCAGUCCUUGCUCACUCGAAUGACAAGCUAAGUAGAUCCUACCCCUGGGCCAGCAAGAGAAGGAAAAGUCCACUCUCUGAAAUCUGCCGGCUUAGAGCAUCUCUGUCUGGGGGGGAGAAAUGGAGCUCUUACUGUUUAUCUUCGCUGGCAGCUCGAAACAUUUGUACCAGCAAAGUUAGUAACUCAUGGGCUCAGUGGGAGUCUGCCUCUCUCUCGACUUCCAUUGGGAGUUCUUCUCCUUGCUCCUUUUUGCAUGCCCUCGCUGCAGAGGAAUCCAGACAGCACCUCCCAACUGCUGCACGCAACCCAAACGAAGCCAUCUUCACUGUGGAUGUCAACACAACAGAGAUCCUAGUGGCUAAUGACAGAGCCUGCAAGCUGCUUGGGCGCAGUAGUCAGGAACUUAUUGGCCAAAAGCUAUCCCGGUUGAUAUCCAAAUCCAGUCAAGAGGUAUGGGAUGCCAUGGGAGAGGAGUACAUAGAAACUGGUGAACAUUCAGCGGUGGUUUCAGGAACUGUGGUGGAUGUUAUAGGCCGUCUCAAAGAGAAGAUCCCUGUCUCGGUCUGGCUGAGGCGAAUAAGAAGCAAGGACAAGCAGCGCUGUGUGGUUGUGCUGGAACCAGUGGAAAGACUUUCAGCUGCUGUUUCCUUCAGGGUUGAUGGAGAGAUUACAUCAUGUGACCUCCUUUUUGCCCAUCUCCAUGGCUACCCAACACUGGAAGAAGUAGUUGGCCUCCCCAUAAAGGACCUGAUUCCUUCUGUGCAAAUCCCUCCUCUAGGCAAAAAAAUCCCAAAGAACCUCAGGAUCCAGCGAGCUGUAGGCCAAUCCAGAGAGGGUAAUAUGUUUCCUCUCAGUUUAAAGCUGCAAGUAAGCCUUCUGGAGGAGGACCAAGUGGUGAUCCAGAAAGAUGGUGUUCCACAGACAGAAAAAGAAGGCUCUUUCACAGGCUGUUAUUACUCUGCUACAGUCGUGGUUUUCUCUACCAUCAGUGGUCUUAUUACUGUCCAGUCAGAUGGAACCAUCUGCGGCAUCAAGGAUAGUUUUGCUUUAACGCUCUUUGGCUAUGAGAAGAAAGAACUGUUGGGAAAGAACAUUACGUUCCUGAUCCCUGGUUUCUAUAACAACAUGGAGAGCAGCAGUGACUGUUUUUUGCCAUUACCUCCUCUUGACGACUCCACGGGGACAGAGAGCGACAGUUUCUUGGCUGCAUCUUUAGCAAGCCUUCUGUCAAGAGAUGAAGAGCAGAAAUUGGAAAGAAGACACAAAGAUGACAAGUUAAUACAUGAUGAGACUAAACAGAAGAAUGGGACCAGUUUAUUUUCUACUCCCUCACCUCCUGAAGUGGCAUCCACACCCACUCAUAGGCCAGAAGACAAUCUAGAUACAGCAUCCUACGGGGAGAUGAAGCCACCCUCUGAUGUUACCUGUCACUCACCUGCAACACCAACAGUAGAUGAGCUGUGGUCUGGAACAACCCCAGACUCUAGACAAAACUUUCAAAGCCCCACAGUUACAGGGCAGUUGUCAAAACCAAACUUGGUGUGUGAUGCAAACCAUUCCAGCCUCAAGCACAUUGUCAUUGAAAACUGUCUGCUAAAUGGCGCUUCACCCUUCUGUGCAAAUGGAAGAGAUGCUAUUCUUGAUGUUUGCUCGGGAAAUAAAAUGAGCUGCAGUGCUUCUGCACCACAGCUUGCCACAACCUCUGAAGAUGUUAAAGAAUCAGACACUGAGCUGAACUGUAUUUGCUCUGGUCUUGAGGUGCUGAGUCUGAAUCUUGGUGUCAAGGGAAACUCAGACAAUUAUUCAGGUAUUACUGCAGCUCUUGUAGGAGCAUACUUCUCUAAGGCUGUAGACUAUGUGCCAACUCGGAAAAACAGUGCUCUUUCAACUGGGCAAAAAAAUCAACUGCUGAAUGAUAUUGCCAUAGAAGAUGGUUCUGGGUGGCUGGCCUCUCAAAGGCAUUUAGAAAGCUUGGAAGAAUCCUCCAAAGCAUUUCUUGGGAAGCCUGAAACUCUUACAGAGACUGUGGGGGACAAUGUCGACAAAAACCUGAAAAGCAAAGGUAGCCCCGAAGAAGACUGUCAGUUGCAUAGGGAGCAAAAUAUGGAGAUAAAAAUAACAUCGACCCCAGUGAAACAAGAAGGAAGGCUGAAUCCUCCAGCUCCUUUGACCUUGGAGAUUCUGGAAGGCAGCUACACUGGGAAUUGUUGUCACAGAGAUGGUUCACAAUUAAGUAUAUUCUUUGAAGUGAAAUGUGUAGAACUGCAAGAUCCUGCCAUGCUUUUCUGUGUCUGGGUGGUGAAAGACCUCCUACAGAGCCAGAAGGAAGCUGCAGCAAAGGCUCAGUUUUUGCUCUCCAGUCUGGCAAGCUCUGCCCAGUCUGUUGCAGAUCUUUCUACACAAAGUCUUGGAGAAGCCAUCAGAUCAACUUCACUUUUUGAGAAUUCCCGAAGAGCUGAAGAGCUGGAAAGGUUAAGGGCAUGUGAGGGAGAAUACGCAGAGAAUUACAGCACACUCAGUCUUAUUGGCAAAGGAUCUUUUGGCUUUGUCUGGACUGCCAGGAGCAAGAAAGCUCACCAGGAGGUUGUCGUAAAGUUCAUCUGGAAGGAGAGGGUGCUUGAGGACUGCUGGGUGGAUGAUCCAGGUCUGGGGAGAGUUACUCAAGAAAUCGCAAUCCUGCUGAAGCUGCAGCACCCCAGUAUCAUUAAGGUGCUGGAUGUAUUUGAAAAUGAACACUUCUUCCAGCUGGUGAUGGAGAAGCAUGGAUCUGGUCUGGAUCUCUUUACAUUCAUUGAUAAUCAUCCCAACUUGGAUGAGCCAUUAGCAAGCUAUAUAUUCAGACAGCUCGUAUCAGCUGUUGGGUACCUCCACUGUAGAAACAUCCUUCACAGAGACAUCAAGGAUGAAAACAUUGUAAUUGCUGAAGAUUUCACAAUUAAAUUAGUGGACUUUGGUUCAGCUGCCUACCUAGAACCUGGCAAAUUGUUUUAUACCUUCUGUGGGACAAUUGAAUACUGCUCACCAGAAGUGCUGUCUGGCAAACCGUACCACGGCCCUGAGCUGGAGAUGUGGGCACUCGGUGUCACCCUUUACACCCUAGUAUUUGGAGACAAUCCCUUCUGUGAGCUGGAGGAGACCAUGGCAGCUGUCCUGGAUCCUCCUCAGCCCGUGUCAAAAGGUCUCAUGGAUCUGUUGGCGGGGCUUUUGCAUCCUGUCCCAGAGCAGCGCAUGACUCUGGCCGCGUUAGCAGAGGAUCCUUGGCUGAAGCAGCCUGUCAACCUGGGUGCUUAUGCCUGGGAAGAGGUGUACGUCUCUGCUGAGACCGGCAAGGCAUCGUUCUGA